GCUGGCAGGGGGCGCCUGGCGGCGGUUGGGGGCGUGAGCUCGGUCCGUCGGCGGCCGCGGGGCUCAGGGCAGAGUAAGCGGCCCGGGCCGGCCCGGCAGCCCCGCAGCCCGCGAUGCGCUCUGACCGCCGGCCACGCCGCGGGGCAUGGUGAGCCCGGGGCGGCCGCUCCCCGCGGGGACACGGCAGGCGGCCUCGCUACUCCGCCUCGGCCUUCUCCUCCUGCCGCCGCUGCUGCGGGGCUCAGAGGCGCAGAAAGGUGAUGGAUGUGGACACACUGUUCUUGGCCCUGAAAGUGGAACUCUUGCUUCGAUAAACUACCCACAGACCUCUCCCAAUAGCACAGUCUGCGAAUGGGAAAUCCGUGUAAAGCCUGGGCAGCGAAUUCAGCUCAAAUUUGGUGAUUUAGAUAUUGAUGACUCAGAUUCUUGUCAUUCCAGUUACUUGAGAGUUCACAAUGGGAUUGGCCCAACCAGGACAGAGAUAGGAAAGUACUGUGGAUUUGGCUUUCAAAUGGAUGGUCUAAUAACUUCAAGAAGUAAUGAAGUCACAGUGCAGUUCAUGAGUGGAGUACACACUUCGGGACGUGGAUUUCUUGCAGCUUACUCCACCACUGACAAAUCAGACCUAAUUACCUGUUUAGACAAUGCAAGUCAUUUUUCUGAACCAGAAUUCAACAAGUAUUGCCCAGCUGGAUGUGUGAUUCCUUUUGCUGAUAUUUCAGGCACUAUUCCCCAUGGAUACAGAGAUUCAUCAUCACUCUGCAUGGCUGGCGUUCAUGCAGGCGUCGUGUCAAAUACCUUGGGUGGCCAAAUUAACGUUGUAAUCAGCAAAGGCAUUCCAUACUAUGAAGGCUCCCUGGCUAACAAUGUCACCUCGAAAGUGGGACCGUUAUCUACAAGUCUCUUCACAUUUAAGACCAGCGGUUGCUAUGGGACACUGGGAAUGGAAUCUGGGGUAAUCUCUGAUUCCCAGAUUACGGCAUCAUCUAUUCUUGAGUGGCCAGACCAAACAGGGCGAGUGAAUACUUGGAAACCUGAAAAUGCCAGACUGAAAAGGCGUGGGCCUCCUUGGGCUGCUUUGGACAGUGAUGAACGUCAGUGGCUGCAGAUAGACUUGAAUAAAGAAAAGAGAAUUACAGGUAUUAUAACUACUGGAUCAACCUUAGCAGAGUACUACUAUUAUGUCUCAGCCUACAGAAUCUUAUACAGUGACGAUGCACAAAAGUGGACAGUAUACAGAGAACCCGGCAUUGAUAAAGAUAAGAUAUUUCAGGGGAACACUGAAUUGUACCAGGAAGUUCGCAACAAUUUCAUCCCACCAAUUAUUGCACGAUUUGUUAGGAUUAACCCCUUGAAAUGGCACCAGAAAAUUGCAAUGAAAGUAGAACUGCUGGGAUGUCAAUUCAGUAUAGUCCGUGCCCCUAAAAUCUCCAUGCUGCCUCCACCACCGCCUCAGGACAACACCAACAAGGUCGAUGACAUCAGCGAGGACUUCAUCCACUCAGUGAAGACUUCAUUGCAGACAGAUAAAACAACUUUCACACCUGAAAUAAAAAACACCACAGUGACUCCAAGCGUAACCAAAGAUGUGGCGUUGGCAGCAGUUCUGGUUCCAGUGCUGGUGAUGGUCUUCACUACUCUGAUUCUUAUCUUAGUUUGUGCGUGGCAUUGGAGAAACCGCAAGAAAAAAACUGAGGGCACAUAUGAUCUACCUUACUGGGAUCGCGCAGGGUGGUGGAAAGGAAUGAAGCAGUUUCUCCCUACCAAAGCAGCAGAACAUGAAGAAACUCCUGUACGCUACAGCAGCAGUGAAAUCGGUCACCUCAGACCAAGAGAAGUCCCGACAAUGCUGCAAACAGAAUCUGCAGAGUAUGCUCAGCCUCUGGUAGGCGGGAUUGUCGGCACGCUUCAUCAGAGAUCAACCUUCAAACCAGAGGAAGGAAAAGAAGCAAGUUAUGCUGAUUUGGACCCUUACAAUUCGCCUGUACAAGAAGUUUAUCAUGCCUAUGCUGAACCACUGCCUAUAACUGGACCAGAAUACGCGACUCCAAUAGUCAUGGACAUGUCCAGUCAUCCCAACACACCUCUCAGUGUUCCUUCUAUUUCCACCUUCAAAGCAGCAGGGAAUCAAGCUCCUUCACUGGUGGGAACUUACAAUAAGCUCUUGUCCAGGACAGACAGCGCAUCCUCAGCACAGGCACUGUAUGACACACCAAAGGGACAGCUGGGGCCGGGCACUGCUGACGAGUUGGUGUACCAGGUACCACAGAGCACGGCCCAUUCCAUCAGCAGUAAAGAUGAACCAAGUUAGCUCAUAUGUAAGGUAGGACGAUGGCAAACGUGGCUUGUUUUUAAAAGCCGGUUUCAUAAAGCUGACAGAUUUCAUUUUUUAAUCACACUGUUUUGAUACUGUUAGUCUUAAGUAAUAAUACAGUGUUGAGCCAAAAGAUGUAUUAUUGGAAAUCUGGGAAACCAGUCAUUCUGCCUUUUCUUCAGCUGCAUUUAUAACCGUGAGCUCUGUUGGUGUGUGUUUUUUUCACUACUGUACAAUUAUCAGUCAGACGUGAGAGAAGAUCUCUUCAAGAUUAGCUUCAAUAAUUCAUAGAUGUGAAUGGUGAAUUUGGAGAAACAACUGUUGAAAGUAUGAAAGACGUUUUUUUUUUGUUGUUUUUUUUUUUGGUUUUUUUUUGCUAAUGGUACUAUUUCUAAGGAAAAAUAAUAGCCCACAAUCAAAACUUCUGAUGUUCUAAAAUCUAUAGGCACAGGCAUGAGUUGCCCAGAGAGGUGGUGGAUGCCCCAUCCCUGGAGACAUUUAAGGUCGGGUUAGAGGGGCUCUGAGCAACCUGAUGGAGCUGUAGCUGUUCCUGUUCAUUGCAGGGAGUUGGACCAGAUCACUGAUAAGGAUCCCUUCCAACUCAGAUAAUUCUAUUGUUCUAUGAUACGUAGGUGCUACAGCUUCUGAAUUUCAUUGUACCCUAUAAAAUGCACGAACAGUGUUGAACUCUGGAAAUUCCAUUAACUUCACAGCUUAAAAAUGGUUGUGAUUGUAAAUUAUGUUCAUUUUGGCUUUUGUUCACAGGAUGGGGAAUCAUGAGCUACAUGUUCCUUAGAAGUUUCCUAUCAAUCAUUUUGGUCAGGCUUCUGAAACUAGGAUCUGCUGUCUGUACAACCCACUUUCUGUUCUGCCUCAUGCCUUAAGCCAGUCAGCCUUUGUGCCCUGAUCGGGGGGGGAUACGGCAGGUACAGUCUGAAGUCUUACAAGCAGAUUACAUUGCCAAUGCUUUCACUUUAUUCCCUGCUACUAGAAGGCUGCUCUGACUGGUGUCUGCCUUGAAUUAAACUUCUGCAAGAAGCAUGCAGGCAUUCAAGGUGACUGAAGCGAGUUGUGAGAUGUUCCCUCUCCCACAGCAGUAUCUAUUGUUGUAGGUUAAGAGGUGAGCACAUUGAAAGAAAGAUAUGUACAUACUUGUGCGAGUGCUUGAAGAAGCACACAAAUAUUGUAACGGUGCGUAGUUUUGUGUUAAUACAUACAUGCAUUUAGCACGGAUGGUACUUGUAGCACAAUUGGAAAUCCCUUGGGCCGAGGGCUUUGCUUAUGAUUGUCCUUAUUAAAGAUUUGGGAAUCUUUUGUGCUUUUUACUGAGAACAAUUGCUGUCCCAAAGAACGUCCAUUUGAGAAGCAUUUAAUUAAUUGAAUUGUUAUCUUCUGAAUGUUCCAGUCUUCUGCUUGAGGCUGGCCAGCCUAGUUUUAGCUCAGUAAUCCCAGAACAAGAACCAUUUGGAUGUGUCCUAUUUGCCACUUACUUUCUUUAAAUCUUGUUAGAAACAAAGCACAGCUUUUUCUCUUUAAGUAGUAGAUAAGGAUUCUUAAAUAGCUUUAUUUUUAUUGUAACAGCACUGGUGGGAGGAUGCUGAGUUAAUUUAUAAAUGUGAAAAUCCCGAGCUACACGUUAGCCCAGUUUUAUGGACUGUCAUGGUUACUGUUUGCUUCCCUAACUUCAUUUAAGUCAGCUUUGGUGUUGCCCAUGGGCCUGACACGAGGUGGCUCCCAUCCCCAUCAAAGCCAAAGUCAUGUACAAGAGAACAGCUACCAACAGCACCCUGACUGAGGACUUAAGUCUUUCUGCAGAGUGUCUGCAUAUAACUCUGAUGCCUUAAAACUCAAUUCUACAUUGUUCUGAUCAUGAGAAUGGUAAUGUCUUAUAGAACUCAGAGCCUAGGUCUAAAUCUGAGUAGGCAACAGAGGGUGGCAUACAAAGCCUAGCUGCAGAAUUUCCUGCAUAUAAAUUGUAUUCUUGAUGUAAUUGCAACUUUAUCUGUGUGAUAAAGCUAGUUCACAGUCCUCUGUGCUCUCCUUAAACAGGCAGGUAUGCGCUCUUGCCCAAAGCAGCAGUCAGAACUUUGACAUUACAGCGCUUUAUUUGAAAGGGGUGGAAGGUUGGUUGGUUGCACCGAGGUGUGACCAAGGUGUCCCAAUUCCCAAUUCACUUGAAGAAACUUUUGAGGUUUCAGGCUUUGAAACAAAAAUAUCUGUGUGGAUCACAUGGAUUUAUGUAAGUAAUUCGGUAAAAUUAGUUAACAGUGUUGGAAACCUGCAUUUGAUUUUUAUAUUAGGCCAGAUACAGUGUAACAAUGACCGUAACAGUAGGCUGAGGCAGUGUAAGAGAGUGGGUUAUGUUCAAGCAGCCACGAUGCUGUUAUAUUAUCUGAGCAGCAGCAUCUGUCAUAGUUAAGAAUGGAGUUAGGCCCUUUUUGUGACAGAAAACAGCCUGCUCUGCUGCUUUCCUCACUGCUUUCAACAUUUACAUUGUACCUGCUCGGGCUAAGUUGGAAUUUCUCAUAGUUGGGUUUAAAGUGUACGCUGUUAAACAUCGACUCUCAAAUGUAAAUUGUGUGACAGACCUAAGAGUGAUGUUCCCCAAUGCACAAUGCAAGCAGAGGUACAAUUAAUGGGUCUCAUUUUUACACGUGAAGCUAUAUGGAUAUAAAGUGUAUUUCAGCCUUCUUUGGCUUGAGUAUGUUCUUACCUCAGCAUGUAGCGUAGUUGCUCAGUAUCUGUAUAUGUUGCUAGAAAUUAGACUGUAUAAAUAGUGAGGUUUUUUAAUGUAUGGUCAAAAGUAUUUUAAAUAAAUUGUACAUACCUAUUACGCUCAGUA